AUGACUUUACCGAUACAUCCAUUUGAAAUUGGCUUUCCCAUGGUCGUUCCGAAUAACAGUUACAACGAUCGGUUGGGAGCGUGUUCAAAUAAAGUAUGGCUAAAUGAUCCACAAUGUAACCGUAAGAACCUUCAACAAAAGAUUGUAAAUGUUUAUGGCACACUUCCUGCUCUCGUGAAAAAUGGUGUAACUUGUUUGGAGUGUCAUCUUGGCUUAUCAUAUCAAGGAAUUCGUUUGACUAUGUUAAUCACUUCACUUACAAACAGUCAGAUUAACCCUUGUGAGUUGAUGGCUGGCAACCUUUCAGCACAAAUGCGAAAUAGUCUUUAUUUUGCAUCACUUGGUGCUCCCACUAAGUGGUCAUACAAAAGCAAAACUAACUGUCAAUUAAUGAACAUAACCUUAUUCGGUCAAAUUAUCAAGCUGGAAAUACGUUACUUAAAGCCUCUGUUUACGAUGAAUAAAAGUUAA